GGCCAAGACGUAUCACACGUGAUAAAUUUAAAUAAAUAUUUUUUCGAAACGCAGUCGUAAAUGUUGAUAGAAAUAUGGGGUUACUGAAUGUCGACGAAGAAGUUGACGAGGUCAGCACGGUGCUAGUGUUUUACGUUAAUGGAAAGAAGGUGGUGGAACCGAACCCAGACCCGGAAUGGACGCUGCUAUGGUACCUGCGCAAGCGCCUGCGCCUGAAUGGCACGAAGCUGGGCUGCGCCGAGGGCGGCUGCGGCGCGUGCACUGUCAUGGUCUCCAAAUACAAUCGCGCCGAGAAAAAAAUCAUUCACUUGGCAGUCAACGCCUGUUUAGCACCAUUAUGCGCAAUGCACGGGCUGGCAGUGACGACAGUCGAAGGGAUAGGCUCAACUAGAACAAAGCUGCACCCCGUACAACAGAGAAUAGCCAAAGCACACGGGUCCCAAUGCGGAUUCUGUACACCAGGCAUCGUCAUGUCCAUGUAUGCACUACUCAGAAGCUGCAGCAAAAUAAAAUACUCAGAUAUGGAAGUCGCCUUCCAGGGCAACUUGUGCAGAUGCACGGGGUACAGGGCCAUUAUAGAGGGAUACAAAACCUUCAUCGAAGAUUGGGAGUCAGAGAGAAUUGCUAACGGUACGCAUAAUUCAACUUCUAACGGAACUUCGAAUGGAACUUCAAAUGGUGUAUGUGCCAUGGGUAAAGACUGCUGCAAAAAUAAAGACAAAGAGGAAUACAAAGGUGAAACCGAGUUUAUAUUUGAGAGAUCAUCUUUCUUGCCAUAUGACGUUAGCCAAGAACCAAUCUUUCCGCCUGAACUGAAAUUAUCCUCAGCUUAUGACGAUCAAUACCUAAUUUUCAGAGGUGAACGCGUAAAAUGGUAUCGCCCAACUACAUUAAACUCAAUAUUAAAACUAAAAGAACAGUACCCUGAUGCUAAAAUAGUUGUUGGUAAUACAGAAGUUGGUGUAGAAGUUAAGUUUAAACAUUUCGUGUAUCCAGUCAUAAUCAUGCCCAACUGCGUCCCAGAAAUGAACAACAUUAUUGAAACUGAAAACGGAUUUACUGUUGGCGCUGCCGUGACAUUGAUGGAAGUAGAAAACAAGUUUAGAAAAGCAAUCGACAUCCUACCGAAGUACAAGACUAGAACACUUAAAACCAUUAUAAAUAUGCUGAAUUGGUUUGCGGGCAAACAGAUUCGGAAUGUAGCCGCUAUAGGAGGCAAUAUAAUGACUGGAAGUCCUAUUUCUGACCUUAAUCCCAUAUUAAUGUCUCUAAAGGUGAAACUUAAUCUCUUAAGUAAGAAAGAAGGCCAUCGUUCUGUAUUAAUGGAUGAAACCUUUUUCACUGGGUAUAGGAGAAACGUGGUAAAAUCAGACGAAAUAUUGUUGUCAAUUGAAAUACCAUUUUCCUCGCGGUUUCAAUAUGUAAAAGCAUACAAGCAGGCUAAAAGACGAGAGGAUGAUAUAUCUAUCGUGACAGCUUCAAUUAACGUUGAGUUUGAAGAUAACACCAACAUCAUAAAGCGUAUGAGCAUGGCUUUUGGCGGCAUGGCCCCAGUUACUAUGAUCGCUACUAAGACAAGUAAAGCAUUAUGUGGACUAAUAUGGAAUGAAGACAUGCUCGAAAAAGCCUACUCACACAUGAUUGAAGAAUUACCACUGGCUCCCUCAGCACCUGGAGGAAACAUUCAAUUCAGACGAGCUCUUACUAUGAGUUUGUUCUUCAAAGCAUACUUAGCAAUAAGUAAGGAAAUGACAAAAGAUUAUUUACAAGAAGAACUCAUAAUCCCGUACCACAGUAGCGGUGCUGAGCAAUUUCAUGGUGUCAUGCCCAAAAGCUCCCAAUAUUUUGAUCUUGUAGGUGACAAGCAACUUCCAAGUGAUGCCGUGGGUAGACCAAUCACUCACAUGUCAGCUUAUAAACAAGCUGCCGGAGAAGCAAUUUAUUGCGAUGAUAUGCCUCUUGCGGAAGAUGAAUUAUACUUAGCUUUUGUGCUCAGUACGAAAGCACAUGCAAAAUUAUUAUCAGUAGAUCCGACAGCGGCCCUGAAACAACCGGGAGUUGUGGCAUAUUUCUCUGCUAAAGACGUAACUACUGAACAGAAUACAAUUGGACCAAUAUUUCACGACGAGGAAUUGUUUGUUACUGAGAAAGUUAUAAGUCAGGGCCAAACUAUUGGAGUGAUUGUAGCAAAAGACCAAACUACAGCUCAAGACGCUGCCAGAAAAGUAAAAAUAGAAUACGAAGAACUCCAACCAAUCAUUGUGACAAUUGAAGAUGCCAUUGAGAAAAAAUCAUUUUACCCGCAGUACCCAAAAACAAUUCGUAGAGGUGACGUGAAAAAAGUAUUUGAAGAUCCAAACAACAUUAUUAUUGAAGGUCAGUGUCGAAUGGGAGGACAAGAACACUUUUACUUGGAAACACAUGCAGCCUUUGCCAUUCCUAAAAAGGAAGACAACGAGAUGGAAAUAUUCUGCUCCAGCCAGCAUCCAUCAGAAAUUGCCAAAUUGGUUAGUCAUGUUUUGCACGUGCCUAUGAAUAGGAUCUCAUGUCGUGUUAAGCGGAUGGGUGGAGGCUUCGGUGGCAAAGAGUCACGAGGUAUGCUGGUAGCACUGCCUGUGGCCCUGGCUGCCCACAAACUCCAGAAGCCAGUACGUUGUAUGCUCGACCGAGACGAAGACAUGCAGAUGACUGGCACUAGACAUCCGUUUUUGAUCAAGUACAAAGUUGCAGCCACGAAGGAAGGAAAAAUGAUGGGAGCUAUUGUCAAUAUUUACAACAAUGGAGGAUACUCAAUUGACUUAUCAGGACCAGUUGUUGAAAGAGCCAUGUUCCAUUAUGAGAACGCGUAUUACAUUCCCAAUGUAGAGGUUACGGGACAUGUAUGUAAAACAAAUCUACCAUCCAACACAGCAUUCCGAGGUUUCGGAGGGCCACAAGGGAUGUUUGGCGCCGAAAACAUGGUCCAAGACCUGGCUAUCAGACUUGGAAAGAGCGUGGAAGAAAUUAGUAGACUGAAUCUGUACACAGAAAACCAGAUCACGCACUACGGGCAAGUUUUAGAGCACUGCACGUUGCAGAGAUGUUGGGACGAAUGUGUUGAAAAAAGUAACUUAACUGAAAGGAAGAAAAAUAUUCAAAAGUUUAACAAACAGCACCGUUGGAGAAAACGUGGCAUAUCCAUCAUACCUACUAAAUUCGGAAUUGCAUUCACAGAAAAAUUACUUAAUCAAGCUGGUGCUCUACUCAUAGUUUACGUCGAUGGUUCAGUGCUUCUGUCCCACGGAGGCACCGAGAUGGGCCAAGGUCUACACACCAAAAUGAUACAAGUGGCGUCGCGAGCUCUAGGCAUCGAUGUAUCUAAAAUACAUAUCAGUGACACUGCCACUGAUAAAGUUCCUAAUACAUCAGCCACAGCUGCUAGCGCUGGCUCUGACCUCAACGGCAUGGCUGUUCUGGAAGCUUGUGAAACCAUCAUGAAACGUCUUCAACCCUACAAAGAGAAGAAACCAGAAGGAAAAUGGGAAGACUGGGUAAUAGCUGCAUAUUUAGAUCGCGUCAGCUUAUCCUCUACAGGUUUUCAUGCCACACCCGGCAUCGGAUACAAUUUCCAGAAAAACGAGGGAGUACCUUUCAACUACUUCACUUAUGGAGUGGCUUGCUCGGAAGUUGAAAUCGAUUGCCUCAGUGGCGAUCAUCAAGUGAUUAGAUCAGACAUCGUCAUGGAUUUGGGUGAAAGUCUCAACCCGGCUAUAGAUAUCGGACAGAUUGAAGGCGGUUUUGUGCAAGGCCAGGGCCUGUUUACUAUCGAAGAAUUAAUUUACUCACCUAAUGGAACAUUGUUCUCCCGAGGUCCUGGGGCGUACAAAAUACCUGGUUUUGGAGAUAUUCCGCUGGAGUUUAACGUAUCGUUACUGAAAGGAGCUCCAAAUCCCCGAGCUGUGUAUUCUUCAAAGGCCGUGGGCGAGCCUCCCCUGUUCUUGGCAUCAUCGGUGUUCUUUGCGAUCAAGGAUGCGAUCCGCGCGGCGCGCGCCAACGCGGGUGUUCCAGUGGACUUUUACAUGGACGCGCCGGCGACAUCGGCGCGUAUUCGCAUGGCUUGCGAAGAUCAUAUUACCCAGAAGCUUGACCAACCUAAGAAAGGUAGCUUCGUGCCGUGGAACGUAGUACCCUAAAAUACAACCGAACGGAAUUACAUUAAAAGGGGAACGAGUACUUGCUCUAGCGAUAG